AUGGGGCGAAGACCUGCGAGAUGUUACCGUCAGAUCAAGGGAAAGCCAUACCCGAAAUCGAGAUACUGUCGUGGAGUUCCAGAUCCAAAAAUCAGGAUCUACGAUGUUGGUAUGAAGAAGAAAGGAGUCGAUGAGUUUCCUUUCUGUGUUCAUUUGGUUUCAUGGGAGAAAGAGAACGUGUCUAGCGAAGCACUCGAGGCUGCUCGUAUUGCUUGUAACAAGUACAUGGUGAAAUCUGCUGGUAAAGAUGCUUUCCAUUUGAGGAUUAGGGUUCAUCCUUUCCAUGUGUUGAGGAUCAACAAGAUGCUUUCGUGUGCUGGAGCUGAUAGGCUUCAGACUGGAAUGAGAGGUGCUUUUGGUAAGGCUCUUGGUACUUGUGCUAGAGUUGCGAUUGGUCAGGUUCUUUUGUCUGUUAGGUGCAAAGACAAUCAUGGUGCUCAUGCUCAAGAAGCUCUUCGUAGAGCUAAGUUUAAGUUCCCUGGUCGUCAAAAGAUCAUUGUUAGCAGGAAAUGGGGGUUCACCAAAUUCAACCGUGCUGAUUACACUAAGCUAAGAGCAAUUAAGAGGAUUGUUCCUGAUGGUGUUAAUGCUAAGUAUCUGUCGAACCACGGUCCAUUGGCUAACCGUCAACCUGGAAGUGCCUUUGUUUCAGCCACCAGCGAAUAA